AUGAGCAAGAAGUACCCUUCAUUUUCACGAUUUAGAAAAGACGUCAAGGACCUCUUUUUCUACUUUUGUUGUGCUGCUGUCGUCCACGCCGCCGCCGCCGCGUCCCAAGUCGAGGUUGACAGACUCACGGUGGUGUUUGACAGCCUCGCACCCCUCGAUGCCGGGGCCACGGGCUCCCACAUCUCCAAAGACCGAGGCGUGGCGGUUCAAUUCCCCAGCUUCCCGGCGUCAGAAGCAGCUUGUGGCCCCGCUGGACGGACCCUUGAAUAUGUCAACUUUACCCUCAACACGCUCAACAUUCCCACCGACGAGUCGCUGUGGUUGCAAGCUGCGUUGUGCCCUUCUGCCAACGGCUUGCCCAAUUGCGUCAAGUCCGACACCCCCGCACGCAUCACCAUCGAAACCUUCGACAGACGCGUCAAGUUCCAAUGGUUCCCCGCGGUCCCUAUUGUUCUUGAGCCCGCCACCACGUACUGGUUCACUGUGCUCUCGAACGGCGAAACCAAGGACAAGUUUCCCAUCUGGUUGGACGGCACCAAGGAGUUCUCGACCGCGAACGACCCUAGGAACGAGGUGCUGGUCGCGUACACUGAGAAAGAAGGCGGUCCAUGGGACGUGUUAGUCCGCGACGAUGGGAACCGCCUUGUGCCGUCGUUCGAAGUGUAUGCUAGCUAA